AUGGCGAGCCUAGUCAUUCCCCGCCUUUGGAGAGGCCGAAGCUUCAGCUCGGGCGAAGAGCCGGCCGCAAACAGCCCGGUGACUCCGAUGCUGCGGCAUCUUACGUACAAAAUCAAGUCGACUGGCCCCAUCACGGUGGCCGAGUACAUGAAGGAAGUCUUGACCAACCCCGCCAAGGGCUACUAUGUACACCGGGACAUGUUAGGGGAAAAAGGCGAUUUCAUUACUUCACCUGAAAUAAGUCAGAUCUUUGGGGAGCUGCUAGGGAUAUGGUUCGUUAGUGAAUGGAUGGCUACUGGGAAAAACUCAGCUUUCCAGCUGGUGGAACUGGGACCAGGCAGGGGAACCCUCACUGGAGACAUUUUGAGGGUGUUCAGCCAGCUUGGGUCCGUGCUGAAAAACACUGACAUUUCAGUCCAUCUUGUCGAGGUCAGCACAAAGCUAAGUGAGAUCCAAGCAGCGGCGCUGACUGACGAGAAGGCCCUCCUGGAGCGAACUGAGGGAUCGCCAGUGUAUAUGAAAGGGGCUACGAAGGUUGGGGUUCCUGUUUCCUGGUACCGAGAUCUGCAAGACGUUCCAAAGGGUUACAGCUUUUAUCUUGCCCACGAAUUUUUUGAUGUUCUUCCUGUGCAUAAGUUUCAGAAAACACCACAAGGAUGGCGAGAAGUAUUCAUUGAUAUCGACCCGCAAGUUCCCAAUAAACUGAGGUUUGUUUUGGCGCCCAGUGCCACACCUGCGGAAGCCUUCAUUCAGGGUGAUGACGCCAGGGACCACGUGGAAGUGUGCCCCGAGGCCGGCGUGAUAGUCCAGGAACUCUCCCAGCGCAUCUCCCUGAGCGGAGGGGCCGCGCUCAUUGCUGAUUACGGUCACGAUGGAUCAAAGACCGACACUUUCCGAGGCUUUUGCGGUCAUAAGCUCCACGAUGUCUUGACUGCCCCAGGGACAGCAGACCUGACAGCCGACGUGGACUUCAGUUACCUGCGCAGAAUGGCACAGGGGAAAGUGGCCUCGCUAGGACCCAUUAAGCAGCACACGUUUUUACAAAAUAUGGGUAUUGAUGUCCGGCUGAAGGUUCUUUUAGGUAAUUCAGAGGAGCCAACUACAAGGCAGCAGUUACUUCGGGGGUAUGAUAUGUUAAUGAACCCCAAGAAGAUGGGAGAAAGAUUUAACUUUUUUGCCCUGGUACCGCACCAGAGACUUCCUGAUAGAAACUAUCAGAAGAAUGCACAAGAAUCAAAACCCUCUCCCGUGCCGGUUGCUGGGUUUGAUGAACUUGUUUGGCGGUGACACCUUCACCUUUUCACCUCCUCUGCAGUCUGCUAAUCAAAAUAAAGGGAAUGGAAUCAGAUGUACCUCUAAAUAAGCAUUAAAGUAUUUUUCUGUUCACUGCC